UGUCUAGCAUGCCAACAGUAUAAAAGUGAUUGAAAUGUCAACAAUUGUAUCAUUUCCAAUUUAAUUCUUGGACAAAUCAAAGGGGCUACAAAAUCUAACGUAAAAAUUCAUUCAACCAAUUGAAAUGAAAAAAUCAAUGCUUUUGUUAUUCGUUUUAACAGUCUGUUCCGGUUUAACAUUUGCUCAUGCAAGACCUCAAUUGAAUAACGGUGUUGGUGGAGGUGCGGGUGUCGGUGGAAAUGCAGGAUUUAGCAUAGGUGGAAAUGCAGGCUUUGGUGGAAAUGCAGGCAGUGGCAUUGGUGGAGGUGGAGGUGGUGCUGGUGCUGGUGCUGGCGCAGGUGCGAAUGCUGGUUUCAGUGUGGGUGCAAACGCUGGAGGUGGAUUCGGCGGUGGAGUUAGAGGAGGCGGUGGUUAUUAAAGUGAUCUUAAAACAGAUGUGAAAUUGAGUUUCUGGAAUCGAUAAAGCUUUUGAAAUCUUUCUCUUUCGUUUGAUAUACAAUCUUGUCUUUUAAAAGCAUAUUAAAUAAAUGCUAUAUCGAAAGAUUGAAAUCAA